GUCACAGUCUGCCUCGGCCGCUCCGCAAUACAAACAUCUGCACAGAUUCAACCAUGGAUCUUGUGCUGAAGGUUGCCGACUAUUACCUGUUCACACCGUAUGUGUACCCUGCAUCGUGGCCUGAGGACGGGGCGCUCCGCCAGAUCAUCAGCCUGCUGCUGGUCACAAACCUGGGGGCCGUGGUCCUGUACCUGGGCCUGGGCGCGAUCAGCUACUACUUCAUAUUCGACCACAAUCUUAUGAAACACCCACACUUCUUAGAGAAUCAGGUACGGAGGGAGAUCAAAUACGCAAUGACCUCUCUGCCAUGGAUCAGCAUUCCCACGGUGGCCUUGUUUUUCGCUGAGGUCAGAGGAUACAGCAAACUGUAUGACAAUGUCAACGAAUCUCCCAUGGGUUGGCCUGGCGUGUUUCUCAGUAUGAUUUCCUUCCUGCUUUUUACCGACAUGUGUAUCUAUUGGAUCCAUCGGUUCCUGCAUCACAAGCUUAUUUACAAGCUGUUUCACAAACCGCACCACGUGUGGAAGAUCCCCACCCCCUUCGCCAGUCACGCGUUUCACCCGGUGGACGGUUUCCUGCAGGGGCUGCCAUACCACAUCUAUCCGUUCCUCUUCCCGCUCCACAAGGUGCUCUACUUGGUCCUGUAUGUUUUUGUCAACAUCUGGACCAUCUCCAUCCACGACGGCGACUACCGGGUCCCUGGCCCUCUGGUGGACAUGAUCAAUGGCUCGGCACACCACACCGACCACCACCUCUUCUUUGACUACAACUAUGGACAGUAUUUUACUCUGUGGGACCGCCUGGGAGGCUCCUACAGGCACCCCUCAGCACUGAUGGGGAAGGGCCCGCAUGAUGUGAUCCGGAAACUUGCAGCCGAGGGGAAGUUAAGCAAAGACAGGGUUAAGGCCAAAGGGCAAACGAACGGGCAUGCUAAUGGAGUGAGCGCAAGUAAAACGGAGUAGCUGUCAACAGGGGAGCGAGCCAGGUUGAUUACUAUUUUGUACGCCAAGACCUGAUUUUUAUACAUAAUGAACUGAGCAGGAAGUGAGCGAAGACAAUGCACUGCACCCAUACACACCUCGCAAAAAAAAAAAAUGGAAGCCAAUCUUCCUGUACUUGCCAAACAUUAACCAUUGUGAGAUUUGAUUGCUAGUGGAUUAAGUGUGUGCAAGAUGGCAGUCCAAGAUUGGCAUUGUUGGAGAGAAUACUUGGGAUUGCUGUACGUUCUCAGACUUAAAUCGCGCCGAUAGUCACAGGGAACGUCGACAUCUGUGACACUUGUGGUCUGAAUUUGCCUGCUGCUGGUGUUGCUGAUAGCAAACCAAAUGAAACAGGGCAGAGCAGUGAAGUAGACAAAGAGGUAAAAUCCCCUCUCAAAACAAGAAAACCCGGAGUCAAGAAACUUAUGGCACCAAGGCAAUCUCUAGAGCUGCUGCAUUGACAGUAAACUCUGGUUUUCCUAUUUGUUGUCAGUGGAGCAGCUGUAAGAGAAAGUUAUGUAGGUGGUUUGAUUCUUUGGUUUUGAAUUCUGUGAGGGUCGCUGAUAUUCGCAAAUCUUGAUAAAGAUCUUCUACAUCGCUAGAAUAAACUCGUGAUGCCAGGAGUAGCAGGUAUUUUCAGUACUAGCUGGGGUUUGGCUUAUUCAGUUGCAUUACAUUAACUUUUCACUCUAGUUAAACACUUUUUCUGCUGAGAGGGUAAUUAUAGUGAAUGUGCCGGGUAUGGAUGAAAGCGUUUAUUGUGUGGAGGUUUUAUGAGUGUCAGGGUUUUUCAGACUUUUUUGUGUUAAUUCGGUGGUAAUCUAAUGUUGAACUAAUGCGCUGGUAAUUUUAUGCUAAUUUUCUCAUCACCUUUUCUCCCGUGUUUUUGAGUUAAAUCGAGGGAAGUUUUCUGCACUGUAACUAUUUCUGUUGAAUGAAAUUACAGUGAAAUUAAACUAUUCCUCAUUUUGCUGAGGACCCCCCUGGUAGACCCUCAAGGACCUCCGGGGGUCCCUGGAUUCCACUGGAUUCAACUGGUUUAGGCCUCCAGAGUGCACAAAUCAUGUCUUCUUCCUUGUUCUUAGCCAUGGCUUCAUUACUUCAUGAAAAUAUAGAAAUACAGAGUGUUUUUUGUCCAGCGGGUGAUUUGGUACUGACUGGAUGUCGGCCCUUUCAAGAGGAUGUUUAUAGCCAAACUGGGGACAUAUGUUUUGUAGAUAAACAGCAAUAAUAAAACAAAAAACAUACAAUGGACUUGAAAUAUUUUAACAGAGAUAUUUCUGGAUAUGCUGUGAAAUUAAAAAGGUCUUUGACUCAU